UUGGCUAACGGCCGAGAGGCAGUAGUUGUUCGCUCGGGGUUUAUUUUGAUAUAUUGAGUCGCGUGAAGACUAUGAACCACAGCCGCAAGUGCGUCCUCUGCCACGGGCUCGAUGAGACGCCGACCACCGGACCUUUAUCGAAGAAAGAGCAGGUCACUGCCCACCAGAACUGCCUGCUCUAUUCGUCUGGCAUUUUUUGCACCAACACGCCGCAGUUCGACGACCUGUUCGGCUUCUCUGUUGAUGACGUGCUGAAGGAGGUGAAACGAGGACGCAAACUGCUGUGCACACGCUGCAAGAAGAAGGGCGCCACGGCGGGGUGUGAGGUGAAGCGCUGUAAGAAGAACUUCCACUACCCGUGUGCCGUGGAAGAGGGAGCCAAGACAUUUGAGGAUAACGAGAACGGGAAAUUUGGACUGCACUGCCGAAUGCACAGUGAUCCGGAAAAUCGCAAAUACAAAACGUCCCGAUCCAAGAACCCCAAUAAAGCCGGAUCAUCAAAGACUUACUGCAUCACCUGUGAGAGGAAAGAAGGAAAUAUCAGCUUGGACAGUUUAUCCAACAGCAUUGUUAUGAUGUUCUGUGCCCAGCAUGCUCCUUCAUCACUUCAGACGAAAGCCAACGGCGAUGCUUCAGCUGCCCUGUGGUCUUCCUCAUGCAGUGACUCAUCAAGUGUAUCACUUACCAAGAGACAGCUAAAUUUUGAUGAACAGGACGAAGACGGUGCGUUCAGAAGGAAAUCGGUAAAAAGGAGCAGGAUCCUGUCCGAUGAUUCUUCAAACGCAGAUGAGGAGGGACUCAUUGCGCCUUUAGAGUCAGACUUUGAGGAAAGUGCGACCUUUGUGCAGGAGCAUGAAUCAGCUCUCCCUCCACUCAUCAGCAGGGAGUCAGAAAAGCCUUCAUGUUCCUCAGCAGGGCUUCAGGUAGAGAAUAUGGAUUCAGACUUCAAUAACAACGACGACGACACAGUCAUACACUCUGAUGCGGAGUCCGAGAGUUUGCUGUCCCCGGUGGAGUUUUACCCGGGUCCCUCACCUCCAUCCGUAACUAACGAGCGCCUGCGGGUUCAGCUGAUGGAGAAAGGGGUGCAGACAAUAAAAAAAGAAAAUCAAGCUGAUCUUGAAAUCGGCUGUGAUGACGUCGCUCUGUGUCUGUCCUCAGAGUCCAGACUCCAGCAGCACGAAGAACACGUCACCAGAUGGGCCGUCCCUCAUCAGAGCGCCGUCCCUCAUCAGAGCGCCGCCCCUCAUCAGAGCGCCGUCCCUCAUCAGAGCGCCGUCCCUCAUCAGAGCGCCGCCCCUCAUCAGAGCGCCGUCCCUCAUCAGAGCGCCGCCCCUCAUCAGAGCGCCGCCCCUCAUCAGAGCGCCGCCGACCCUUACCCAGAGCGCUCCAGCAGCGCUCCGCCGUGCACCAGCUCCAACUUCAUCGCAGCUCCACCCAGAUCCGACCGCGUGACUGUUAUCCCGCCCCCGCCCCGUUCUUCCGCCCAGAGCCUGUUCCCUCCCCACUCUCUUCCUCGCUCGGAGCCCUGCCCCACCCGAGCAGCUCCCUCACCUGUCGUCGACUCGGCCAGCUUCUGGAGGAAGUGCAACACGGCUGGAUGUACGCAGGCCAUCUUCACUGAGUUUAUUAGAGAAAUUAACAACAUUUCCAGCAGAAUCCAGUGUGAUGAGGCCAGUCAGGAGGACUGUGACCGGGCUCUUUCAAUGAUGCAGGCUUCUGGAAGACUCACGGACCUCGUUACCAAGCAGGAAGAAGAGUUGCAAAGGAAACAAGUGGAGCUGCAGCGAGCGUCAGCAUCUCUGAAGGAGGUCGUCUCCGCUCUGAGACGAUGAGACGUGGCACAGAGGGACGCUACUUUUCAUCAGUGAUCUUCUAGUUUUAAUUUAGUUUUACUCUUUAGUUUUUACAUUUUCAUGAGGAUAAGGAAGUUCAACUAACUGUGGUAAUAUCCGGCUUCCUGAUAUGUGAAACCAAUAUAUUUAAAUGUUCAUUUCUGUAAAGUUCCUUAUGUGUUCAGGUUAUUGAUGUAUUUAAUGUAUUUAAAAAUAUAUAUUUUUUUAUGUUUCAAUGCACUGUUGUUCAUUAUCAUGAGAUAAAAAUAUUAAUAUUCUGUGUUUAAAACUGAUUUGGUUUCUUAUUUUAAUGACCUGAAAGAUUACUGUGCCGUUUACAGUGACAUGCUAAGUUUGGUUUUAGAGUCUGCACAGAUUUAUGCACACGCAUUUGGUUACAAGUGUUUUUGAUAAAACGCUUUAAAUAUA